AUGGCGUCUGCGGGUGAGGAAAGCUAUGACAGUCUUCCGUCUGCGCAACGCAUCGCGCUCGAACUGGAAAAGCAUCGGCUUCUUCAGUCUGCCGAAUCUCAAGCUAACGCGCAAGAGACGGACGAACAACACCGGACGCAGCUGACCGAAGACAACCAUGGGAUUGUGAAUGGCACUCGCUUGGCCAAAUUGCCCAACUCUCUCGAUACACAUCGCGCCGUCCCAAUGCCGUCGUCUUCGAACAAGCGUCCGCGUCUUUCUUCUUCGAAUUCCGCACCCGCACCCGAAAUGGAGAUGAUGGUGCAAUCCGCACAGUCGCCGCCGGGAUCGAAAGGUAUGGCCAAGGCAGCGUCGUUUGCCAAUGGCGCAGGUCACUACUUGCAUGGCGGAGAUACACAGCCUGUGGACUCGCAAGUAUACCACCGAUACACCGAGAUGGAAUCCAUGAGGGUCGAGCCAAAGGACACGACACCACAGAAACAGCACUCACAGGCUGGAACGUCUCCGGAAACAAUGGCCACAGAGCACGACCAGACGCCGCAGCAGACCUUGCAGCCCGGUCAAGAAGGUUUCGUUGAUCUUGAUGGCAUGUGGCAAGACAAACCUGCAUCUCCGGCUACGUCGGUCGCGGACUACGAUGAGUUGCUUGUGGGCGACGCUUCCAAGAGCCCGGACACACAAUUCUACCAGCCGCUCAGACCGACCAUGCCAGAGACGCCAGCACUGGCCGGGAAAAAGCACGGCCGUGACGGGGAGCCACUCACAUCCGUCGCCACGGCCACAAAGUACUCUCAGAUCCUACCACAAGGAAAUCUGAUGGGUGCUACACAACUUUUUGCGCAGACGCAAGAGCACUCAUCACCUUUCCCGAACGGACACCCCUCUGACGAUGCGAUGACUCGGCCCUCACCCAACGCCAAUGAGGCUAUUAUCAAUGAUCUGUCUUCUCCACAGACCCUUUUGUCUUCCCCAGCCGCAACGCGGCAUGUCAGAUCUUCUUCAGGACUUGGUGAACCACGAUCUGAGUACACAAGGAUGAAGGAGUCACAAGAACAGAGGGAGCAGCGCAUGAGAGCAAAGCUACAAGGGCAUGMAGAAUUGAAUGAGUUGRACAGUGAGAGUGAUGACGAUACUCAGCAGAGAAGGUUCAGAGCGAAGCAAAUGCGACGAGCAAGGAGCGAGCAGGCUAUGAAAGAAGCUGCCAGAGUUAGUGCGCCAUCCCGUGUAGCACAUCUGUCGUCGUCCACAAGAAAGUCGGUGGUUGAUCUCGUUACGCCCGCUACUAUUAGAAGACGGGUGAGCUUCGAAGACAUUCUGGAAGAAGCGGGAGACGAUGAGGCUCAAGCUGAGCUGCCUGAGAGCAAAGAUGCCAUCGAGGACGACGAGGAACAAGCCGAAGAGUCUCAAGGGGACGACGAUGAUCAAUAUGACGAGCUUCAAGAAAAGGUCAUUCGCAGUCAAAGCAAUUAUCGUAACGACGACGAAGACAGUGCCUCUUUCGUGGGUAGCGUCGAGGACCACGGCAUUGAAGUUCCGAAUGAAGAUGAGCCGCUGGAUGAUACACAGGAUCCCGAAGAUGCCGAAAAUGCUGCCGAAGAUAUUGAUACGCGAGACCAUCGGCACGAGGUACAUAACACGCAGAGAUCUACCAUUGCUGACUCUCAACCAACAGCGCAAGGCCAUGUUGUUAAUCAAACUCCCACUCCGCAAGUGAAUCACUCGUCCAUGGCAUCAUUCAUUCCGGGAUCGCAAUAUACUGGCAAAACCAGCCAGGAGCAAGCAUUCCUGAAAGCGUCUCACCCCAGCCAGAUUCGAGUGGCGGCCUCGCAGGCAAACGAGGCAGACAAGGUACCAAGUAGCCCUCCCCUGCCGACAGAGUCCGUGAAAGCCCCAGAAAACUUGCCUGAUUCAGCUUCUGGUCGUCGAGAGGCCCGCAAACCGCUUCAAAUCCGACAAGAAUCCACACGAGAAGACUCUGCCACACCGCAAGAAGUCCCGGAAAGUGAUGUUGGCGAGCAUCUCUUUCAAGAACCUCAAUCGCGGGAUCGUACAAAUGGCCCCGGCGAAGAGGAGAGCAACAAUCAUAUUCCCUUCUCCACUGCCCAAACGCAUGUGUCUGCAUCUACGCGCUCGCCCACGAAGAGCUAUGUCGAGCCAUCCCCGUUGAAAGCAUUCCGAAGUCAGCAAAACGAAACACCUCGCAAGGCGUUCCGCGAUAUGAUCGAUGGACCCAGAACGAUGAACACCAGCUUCGAUUUUGUUGACGUGGACGACAUCAUGGCAGGAGUCAUGACGAAGGAAGAUGRGCAAAUCCUGGCUGUUUUGUCAUCGCCGAAAUCAAAGCGUCGGAGGACUAACGUCAGCAGUUCCGCUUCUCUCGGAUUGCAGAUUGGGCACGCACACUCAGAUCCGUCCCACGACAUGCGUGCUGGGACCCAGCAGAAUACUUUGAGCGAAUCGAAUCGGACGAUCCAAGACUCUGAGCCUGGCUUUGCUCAACCAGAGCAUCCUCGGGAAGCCUACGCUGGGCACCAUACCGAGAAGGAGUCUGUGAAAGAGUCUCUGGCUACCAGGGAGAUGGAGGGAACGAUUCCGGAGUCUGAACCUGAACUACUGGCUUCGGAUUUGAAUAUACUCACGGAUGGCCAGAACAAAGCAAACGUCCUCCCAAUUGCGCCGCAAGAAGAGUCACACAAGGCAACCAAUUCAACUCUGAAUAGUGCUGAGCAACGUGAAGAAGCCGGAUCUCGACACGUAUCGCAGCUGAUAUCGACCACGCGAUCUUCUGUACCCGUCUCUAAGAAAGGCAAGCUGAAGACUCCUGGGCAAGCGGCUCGACGAAAGUCUGACCGCGCGGCAAGACCAUCGAAGAAGAGUUCGAGGGUCAGCCGUCGUCGUGCUGUUACCACGGACGAGGAAGAACAGGAAGAAUUCGACACAGAUCAGGCGGCAGAGGAAGCAGACCUCGUUGAUGACGUCAAUCGCAACGAUCGUACUCCUCCUCCUGCGGAGCGCGUUCAUCUUCUUCAAGCUGAUGCCGAACAAGUUCUACCCACCUUGGAAGAUCUGCCUGCGGAGGAUGUCAAUGGACACGAAGAAGAUGGUGGCGCAGUGAAGGCUCCUGGGAGGGUAUGGGCUCGAUUCAGGGGCACACCUCCCAACUUUUACCCAGCCACCUGGAUCGGGAGUGCCCCAGAUGGCAUGUCUUACAAGAUUCGAUUCGAUGACGGAACAGUCACGAACAUCGAGACCUGGCAUGUCCGCACUCUCAGCUUUCGCACAGGAGAUCAAGUCAAGGUCGACAACGUGGGUUCGCGCAACAAGACCUGGCGGGUCGUUGGCUUCGGUGAAGUCGUUGGCGACAUGAACGCCGACCCGAACACCGACGCCUACGGUCACACACAUAUCAAGGUUCAGACAGUUUCAAACCGCAACAGUAUGCCCAAAGGCGACGUUUCUGCUGAAGAUGCGGACGAGGUUCGUGAGGUGUUGAUAAGUGAUCUCUACUUGACUAUCGGUAUGUGGAAGCACUACCGUGAUCGCGAGUUCAGCCCGCCAGUUUCGCUCCGAGCAACGACCUCACGUGCUAGCACUCCCUCGAGUCGCUUGCAGACACCCGACGGAGACACUCCAUCCUCCAGAUCUCGUCGAGGCGGACCGCCGAUCGGUAAAUCGAGGAAGAAAGCAGUUUCGUCUCACCUGCGAGACUCAUCUGUGACUUCUGCCACGAGUGCCGGAUCUGCUGCCAUUUUUUCUGGCAUGGCAUUUGCGAUUACCUACAUCUCCGAUGGUGCCGAAAAGGCGCAAGUCACUCGCAUGAUACUACGCAACGGCGGCAUCAUCCUGGAAGAUGGGUUUGGCGAACUGUUCGAAAUUCCCAACCUCGUUGAGCCAGUCGCGUCGCCCACCAAGAAGUCCCCGCAGAAGGUACCAGAAGAUGAAGAGCGCGAACUCGGUCUGCAUCUCAAAGCAAAAUCCGCCGAUUACGGCUUCGUUGCACUCAUCGCAGACCGUCACAGUAGGCGCGCAAAGUACAUGCAGGCUCUUGCCCUCGACUUGCCGACACUCUCCGGUCGCUGGAUCGUAGACUCGCUCAAUCAAGAGAGGAAUCCAACCCUGGGUGGUCGAGACAUGGCUCCUCUUCCUUGGGGCAAGUAUCUGCUUCCUGCAGGCGAGAGCAGCUACCUCGGCGGUGCAGUGCGUUCUCGUGUCAUGCUACCUUAUGAUGCCACAUCUAGCCAGUUGCGAGUCACUGUUCAAACUCGGCCUCUCCUGCUGAACGAUGAGGGUGUGUUGAUUGUGGCGCCCAAGAAAGACAAGGUUGCGUGGGAGCGAAGGAAGACUUAUGCUUUCCUCACCCUCGCUCUGGGUGCUGGCAGGGUGGAGCGGGUGAAUGAUUUACAAGAUGCGAAGAGCAUGAUGGGCAGUGAGCCUCGUAUCUGGAAGUGGAUAUAUGUCGAUGGAAAGAUUGAAGAGGCUUUCUCGAAGCUGUGUGGCAAAGCUGCCGGUGGGAAGAAGAGAAAGCGUGGUGAUGAAGCCGGGUUCAACGACGGGUUGAAGAUGUCGAUCACGGAUGGGAACGUGACUAUUGUCAAUGACGAAUUCGUCGUGCAGAGUCUCAUUCUUGGCGCUCUGGCUGAAUGA